AGAAGCGGGGCGCGGUGUUCAAAUUUGUUUACAGCGCACUUCUUUUUCGAUCCGAGUAGCAAAUAUGUUACCCUCGGUACAAAAAAGUGUGGCAAGAACCCCCAACGAAAAAAGGCGUAAAACUAGGAGCUACCGACUUUCCUACCAGAGCAUGACAGGACAUACCUCCAGUACGAGAGCACUGACGUCACUGCGGCUCAACACCAAGAGAACGCCAAAUCCUGACAAUAUCCUUGAUAAGGUGGACCCCAAACAGUUGGCCUCCCUGAUGGGCACAAAAUGGCAGCUGUCUUAUGUCACACCUCUCUACCGAUUCCGCUAUACCCAGCUGAAGAGUUACGCCAGGCAACUGUCUGCAUUUAUGGCUGCGGAGAGGCAGAAAGGUCUGGCAGUGGAGGAGGGAAGUACACAAAGCCUCAGGAUCACCUUCUCUGUGGUUCAUGGUCUGGCUGUAACGGAUGAUGAUGCUGAGACCAUCUUAAUACAGAUCUAUGAUAACUCCCUAUUUGCUGGGCAGGAUGACCAUCAGAAGACAGUAUGGAGAGGCUGGCUUGCUUGCGUCAAUGGCAACUCUGACUCCAUUAAAUCUCUUCCAAAAGAGUUCAUGUCUCUACCACUAUUUGGCAGCAGUGGGACGGAGACACUCACCGCCUUGGUCAAAUCCUGGUUCCAGAAGAACUUUGACUGCUGCUUUGGCUUGUUAGAGAUCAACCAAACCACCUUGGAAUGGUUGGUGGCAUUAUGGACCAACUGCCACAUGGACUCCAAUAUUAAGCAACUCAAAAUGAUUUGGACUCUUCCGUUUAAGCCGCCACUUCAGGUCACCUAUGCUGUACACCCCGAUGACGCUUGGGCGCUAUGGCGCAGUGUAAAAGUGGAUCAGGCCGACAAUGUUAUUGACAGAGAAGAUUCCAUAAACUUUAUAAAGGGCCUCAUGGGCCACUUUUAUCGAUUUUACUUGAUGGAUCUGUCAGCUGGGAACCUGAGCCAUGUGUCAACAGCGCUGGGCACAGCCGAAAGUAACGGCAGGAUCAAGUUUUCCAACAGCAAAUCCAUGAUCACCACUCUGACGCUGCUGACCGAGUGUGCCCUGCUCAAAAUGCCCUUUUAAAGACUGCACCAGAUCGUUGACCAUGUUAUUCAAGUCCACUGAAUUCACUUGACGGGGUCUUCUCAGUCUUGGGAUUGCAUAUUAUACAUUUUACCUGUAAAUGACAUGAUUGUAUAUUAGCAAUCUUUUCAUUUGCUGUCCUCCCAACGUGGAACAUUUGAACAUUUUCACCGCAGACGUUUGAAAGGAGGCCAAGAAAGCCUAUCCAUUUUGAUGAGGAAUGGAUAAAGGUGUGGGUACAUCGAUGUUGAGUUUGAAUCCUCAGCGGUGAGAGUCCACCCUCCUGACUCAUAAUGACGCCAUGUUUGUUCAUCCUUUAUACACCAAGAACUUGCUUGUUCACAAGAGUAUGAACAAUGCCCAUGCACAAAUGUUUUUUUAUCCUGCUAAUUAUGUGGUCGUUUUUGUAACUUUGCACAUAGUUGUAUAUUCAUGAGUAGCUGUUUUUUUUUUAUGCCCAGUAUAUCUGUAUUAAAGGCUAAAUGUUUUCUUUUAAAAGAUUGUUCAUCAACACUGAAUACAAUAAAUCGUAUUGCAACAUCUGGU